CGCCGCCGCCGCCGCACUACACCUUGCACUGAUUCGUUCGCUAUCUUAGUUGUUGAAGAAGAAGAAGCACAACAUAAAGAAGCUUGGUGUGCACUUGAGCUAGGAGAAAACAGUAUCACAUAUCAGAUGAAGAAAUUUUUGAAAAAGACAAAUCUAAAGCUUAAUGUGGACGUGAUCGUGGCCUUGGAGUUAGUCCGUCCAUUACAUCAUUGUUUGGAAGGAGAGAAAUUGCGUAUAGAGGUGGAAGGGGCCAAGAAGGAAGCUAAUAAGGCCAAGAAAGAAGCAACCACGACAAUGAGAGAUAAAAUGUUCACAUAUUAUUCAUCGGGA